UAAAUGGAGGAGCGUUCAGUAGUAUUUUCCAUUUAUCGUCAUUGGAAGUAUUAAAUCUAAGUGGGUGCAAUCCAAAGGAAGGAGGAAUCCUCAGUGACAUACUUGUGGGUAUCAGUCAACUAGCUAACCUAAGAGCCCUUGACUUGAGUCACUGCAAGAAGCUUUCACAAAUUCCAGAGCUUCCUUCAAGUCUGCGACUGUUAGAUAUGCACAGUUCAAUUGGGACCUCAUUGCCACCUAUGCAUUCUCUGGUGAAUUGCCUCAAAUCAGCAAGUCAGGAUUUGAAACACGAGAGCAAUUCAAAUGGAGUAUUUCUCGCUGAUUCUCACUACAUUGGCCAUGGAAUCUGUAUUGUUGUUCCGGGAAGCAGUGGAAUUCCCAAGUGGAUAACGAAUCAGGAAGAGGGAUAUCAGAUCAGAAUGGAGCUUCCUCAGAUUUGUUAUGAAAAUAAUGACUUAUUGGGAUUUGCUAUAUGCUUUGUUUAUGCUCCACUCGAUAAAUGUGAGGACAUACCAGAAAAUGAUUUUGCACAUACAUCGGAGAAUGAAUCUGGUGACGAAGCCCUACAUGAAUAUGACGAUUUACUUGAAGCUGAAUCUUCAAUCACCACUGAGUUAGAAUGUGAAUUGUCAUUGAAUGACGGAUAUGGACUUUCUUCCCUGUGUGUGCGACAUCUCAGUUUUCGCACUACUUGUAAAUGCUACCAUGAUGGAGGUGUAUCAGAACAAAUGUGGGUGAUGAUCUAUCCUAAGGCUGCUAUUCUGGAGAGCUGUCACACCAAGCAAUACACGCUUCUUGAGGCUCAAUUUAUGGGCUCUCACGAUCAUUUUAAGGUGCUCAAGUGUGGGCUCCAACCUAUAUACGCCCAAGAUCCAAUAGUACAGACUGAGGAUGCGGAUGCUAGCUGCUUGGAAUGUCAGAGGAAUGUGGAACACCGAAAGCUUUGUUUAAAGGGUCAGACAAUCAGCCUACUACCCAUUGAGUGUGCCUCUGAAGUUGAUACCUUAUGUUUGCGAGAGUGCAAACACCUUGAGAGUCUGCCAACAAGCAUUUGGGAGUUCAAAUCCCUCAAAUCUCUAUUUUGCUCUCACUGUUCACAAUUACAGUACUUUCCAGAAAUCUUGGAGAAUAUGGAAAACUUAAGGGAGCUUCACUUGAACGAAACAGCUAUAAAAGAGCUACCAUCAUCAAUCAAACAUUUGAAUAGGCUUGAAGUUCUGAAUCUGGACCACUGCAAAAACCUUGUGACUCUUCCAGAAAGCAUUUGUAAUUUAUGCUUUCUUCGAGUUCUCACUGUCAGUUACUGUUCAAAACUCCACAAAUUGCCACAAAACCUGGGAAGGCUGCAAAGCUUGAAGCAUCUCCGUGCUUGUGGCUUAAAUUCAACAUGUUGCCAAUUGCUUUCUUUGUCAGGUUUAUGCUCCUUAGAGACAUUAAAUCUAUCUAGGUCAAAGCUAAUGCAAGGAGAAAUCCUGAGUGAUAUUUGCGGCUUGUACUCGUUGGAAGUGUUAGAUCUGUCUUUCUGCAGUAUAGAUGAAGGAGGAAUCCCCACUGAAAUUUGCCACCUAUCAUCUCUGCGACAAUUACUUCUAGCCGGGAAUCUUUUUAGGAGCAUACCUGAUGGGGUCAAUCAACUUUCUAUGCUGAGACUCCUUUACUUGGGUCACUGUCGAGAGCUUCGACAAAUUCCAGCGCUUCCAUCCAGUUUGUGUGUCUUAGAUGUACAUGAGUGCACACGGCUGGAAACUUCUUCAGGUCUCUACUCUGGUCUUCUCUAUUCAACUGCUUCAAAUCAGUGA